AUAUUUACUUAUAUUCUAUUUCAGAAAGAAUAAAAUGUCGGCCAACUCCGUUAAGAUGUUUUCUGGUUACGAUAUGGACUCUAGGACCAGUAGCAAAGUGCUCCGCCCUCCAGGAGGCGGGUAUACCGAUAUUUUUGGAAUCAAAGACAUUCAAGUGUCAAAACCUCCGGCGGCCCAAGAAACUGCUUCUGAAGCUUCAGCAGUUCCUGAACCUGUUGCAGCUUCUGCACCUGCUGUAGCUUCUGACCCGGUGGUUGCUCCUGAACCUGUAGCUGCUUCUGAACCUGUGGCUGCUUCCGAACCUGUUGCAGCUCUAGAAGUAGCUGAACCUGCUCCCUCCGCCCAGGAGUCUGCUCCGGCUUCAGGACCCUCAUCUUUAGAAGUAUCUGCCCCGUCUCCGGUUUCUGAACCUUCGGCAGCCGCGGAACCUGCUUCUCCAGGAUCUCCUGGUGGGGACGCAGAAGCUGCUCCUGCUGGCUCAGGGAACCAGGAGCGUGUUAGGAUUGAUCCGACUUCGGGACGGAUCAUGAGCGCUCCUACAGCUAGAGCAGGCCGGGUUCCUCCUGGUGGUUUCUCCUCAGGACCUCUCUGGUAAUCUGAAUCUCAAACCCAGUGAUAUUUUCUACAAUGAACAGCACAGAACACUGCAACAAUUUAACUGUAAUUAGAUAAUUUCUCAUUAAAACGUUACCCUUUGC